AUGAACAACAACGAUGAAUCUGUUGGGGUUGAUUUGAACAAUAUUCACACUGAUUCAUCGGAUGUUGAAUAUAGUUGUGAUGAAGAUGCUAAUGUUGAUGUAAAACAAAGUUCAAAUGGUGAAGAUGAUUCUAAUAAUGACAAUGAUGAGGAAUCUGUUGGAAUAGAGUUGUCAAAUAGCCAAGCAGUUGUAGGUGAUCACAUGGUGAAUAUAAAUCCGAUUACUCCAGAUGAAAUUCAUGCUAUGGAAUUUGGAACUGUGAGUGAAGCUUAUGAAUUUUAUUAUAGGUAUGAAAAAUGUAAAGGUUUUUCCAUUAAGAAAAGCAAUGUUAGGCAAAGAGGGCCCGAAGGUAGUGAAAUAGUAGUAAUGAGACAAUUUUUAUGCAACAAACAUGGAUUAAGAGACAAGAAGCACUUAACUAGGGUAGAUAGGAAAAGAGAUCACCAAAGUCUAACCGGUACUGAAUGUGCAGGUGAAAAUGUAAAUAAGGCAAUAUACUCAAAUUUUACACCCGAGCAAUUUGAAGAAUUUUUGUGGGAGCUAGUUAAUGAGAAUGAACUUGAAGGAAAUCCUUGGGUUUCCAAAACAUACGAGAACAAGUCACUUUGGGCCACUGCAUAUCUACGCGAUAAGUUUUUUGGUCGUAUAAGAACUAAGUCUCAGUGUGAAGUUGUCAAUGCUAGUCAUUUACCUCCAAAAUCUCCACACAAAAUAAAAUCCACCCAUGAUAUUCCAGUGGUGGUUCAAGAUGAUGAAGACACUCCUCCCACUCCUUCACAAAAUAAUAAAAUAAAGAAGAAGAAUUCAAAAACUUCUGAUGCAUCCUCUUCGCAACCAUCCAAGCAAAAACUUGAGCUCACUAUACUUCCCCCAAAAUACAAAGAGAAAAGCACGUCCCAACCAUCUGAGGGUGUUAUCUUGGAGAGGGUCGAAAAUGACAACUCAAGCUCUGAUGGACUAAAGCAACGCCUCACCACAACUUUCCCAAGAAGAACUGGAGGCUUUAAAGAAGAAUACACCUCUGAGUACGUAAGGCUCAUGAUGGAAAAUAGGGAACCGAUUGUCCAAAAAAACUUUCCCCAGUCCAUCUACAACUUCGAGUGGGAGUUCCAACGCUGA